AUUUAAGAUUUUUUUUUCCUCCUGAAUUAUGAAUAAUAAUAGUUAGAAUGAUGCUUAUAUAACAAAUGGUAUUCAUACACAACAUGUUUGGCUGGUUCCCUUAAUGAGAAAAAAAAAUAUGGGAAUCAAAAUCAUCUCAUAAUUGUAUAGUCAAAUUGAUUACGGAAUAGUUUGUAGUUGUCAAUUUUACAAUUAGAUUAAUGACGUUUGAUCAGUUAGUUGUUCACGAUAUCGUCCCAAAGAUUGGUCUACAAAGGAGUCGGUUUAAUAGAUUGCUAUCUUGAAACUUCUUAUUCGAAGAAUUUAGAUCGUUGAUUACAAGUUUGUGAUUCUAAUCAAUCCCUUUUAUUGAAUUGGCCCAAAGUUGGAAAAGGAAAAUGGUUAAGACUUAAGAGUGCUUCAUUCCACUGAUAACAUUUACAUAUUGCCACGAUAGAAUUUACAAUCCCUGUACAGGACCGAGUUAAUGUCUGCCUAUUUCUUGGUUCUUAGCACUUUCAGUUUGGACUCCUCCUCACAGUAUGACGGAUGUUAUGCGACUAUUUUAGUAAUGGUGCAAUCUCAUUACUUUAUAAGUUGCAGAUAACGUGAAUUUGACUUUCAGCUCCAUGGUCGGAGAACUAAAAGUCUUAAACCUAAUAUUGAUUCACUUUUAAACCUAAUGUUGACUCUUGCAAAUAUGCAGGAGUGCUAUUGUUGAGAGAUGCAUCCAGUGGGCAGCUAGUUUAUUGAUAUAUUCAAGCAUUUUAAAUUUUCAAUAGUUCAAAACCAUCUGUUCUAUAGGCAUUUUUUAAGUUUUGUAUUGUGUUUCAAUACAGAUAUUCAUAUUUGAUAGUCGGUCGUGCAAUUUACGCAUGAUAAGUAUUCUACAGUGAGUUAUUCUAAUUUACUUUCUUAUUCUGCGGCUCCUGGCAUCGAUGCCAAUUGUUGGGACGUGUACUAAAUGCCUGAAGUAUUGCAAUUUGAACAUGUUCAUUACAGAGUUUAUCUGGAAUUUCCGAAAGUUGAGGUUCGAUUUCAGAAUCUGAAGGUGGAUGCAUCAGUCCAUGUUGGAAGCAGAGCACUGCCAACCAUCUCUAAUUUUGUUUUUGAUAUGACUGAGAGUUUCUUGAGAUGGCUCAGGAUUUUCCCUGGUAGAAGAGUGAACUUAUCUAUAUUACACAACAUCAGUGGAAUCAUUCGUCCUUCAAGGUUGACUCUCCUUUUGGGCCCCCCAAGCUCUGGAAAGACCACAUUUCUUUUGGCUCUUGCAAACUGCCUUAGUCCUAGCUUGCAGAUGUCAGGGAAAAUUACGUAUAAUGGAUACAAUCUGAAGGAGUUUACACCUCAGAGGACUUCAGCAUAUGUUAGCCAACAGGAUUGGCACAUUGCAGAGAUGACAGUGAGGGAGGUCCUUGAAUUCUCAGGGCGAUGUCAGGGUGCUGGAUUUAAGAGUGAAAUACUUAGGGAACUUCUGAAGAGAGAGAGAAAUGCUGGAAUAACCCCGGAUGAAGAUCUAGAUAUGUUCAUCAAGGCAGUGGCACUAGGGGAGAAGACAAGUUUUCUUGUGGAGUAUAUCAUAAAGAUAUUAGGAUUGGAUAUUUGUGCCGAUACAUUGGUGGGAGAUGAAAUGCUAAAAGGGAUCUCUGGGGGCCAAAAAAAGCGACUUACCACCGCUGAACUACUCGUGGGUGCAUCUAGUGUCCUUUUCAUGGAUGAGAUAUCCACUGGACUAGAUAGUUCAACAACUCAUCAAAUUAUCAAAUAUCUAAGGCACAAAACGCAUGCUUUUGAUUGUACAACACUAGUAUCGCUCUUGCAACCGGAUCCUGAAACUUAUGAGAUGUUUGAUGACAUAAUUCUUUUAAGCGAGGGACAAAUUGUGUAUCAGGGACCACGUGAAGCUGCAAUUGAAUUUUUUGCUUUUAUGGGUUUCAGGUGUCCAUAUAGAAAAAAUGUCGCUGACUUUCUACAGGAGGUUACAUCUGAAAAAGAUCAACAGCAGUAUUGGUUCCUCGACAAUCCUUACAGAUAUGUACCUGUUGAAAAGUUUGUAGAAGGUUUUCAAUUAUUUCGUGUAGGUAAUUCUUUGACCCAGGAGUUGGCCAUUCCAUAUGACAAACGUUGCAACCAUCCUGCCGCUCUAUGGACUAGUACUUAUGGUGUGACAAGGGCCAGGCUUCUGAGGGUUAGUUUCUCUUGGCAGAUGCUACUACUGAAGCGGAAUUCUUCUGUAUUUAUUUUCAAAUUUAUACAGCUUCUUCUAAUUAUUUUGAUCAUAAUAAGUGUAUUCUUCCGAACAACAAUGCAUCACGAUACACUUGAUGAUGGAGGUGUGUACCUUGGUGCACUUUACUUUGCAUUAGUUAUGAUUCUUUUCAAUGGAUUCAUGGAGGUCCCGAUGUUGAUAGCCAAGCUUCCCGUUCUUUACAAGCACAGAGACCUGUACUUCUAUCCCUGUUGGAUAUACACUCUUCCCUCUUGGAUUUUGAGUAUUCUCCCUUCACUCGUAGAAUCCUUUUUAUGGGUAGCUGUCACAUAUUAUGUUAUCGGCUUUGAUCCCCAAAUAAUGAGAUGCUUAAAGCUAUUCCUUUUAUACUUCUCUUUGCACCAGAUGUCAGUAGCCCUUUUCCGCGUGAUGGCAUCAUUAGGCCGAAAUAUGAUAGUUGCCAACACAUUUGGAUCUUUUGCAUUGCUUGUUGUCAUGGCUCUAGGAGGUUUUAUUCUUUCAAGAGAUAGCAUCCCAGUAUGGUGGAUUUGGGGUUAUUGGUUUUCCCCUUUGAUGUACGCCCAAAAUGCGGCUUCUGUGAAUGAAUUUCUCGGCCACUCCUGGGAUAAGAAAGCAGGGAACAACAGUACUUUGACUUUGGGAGAGACAUUACUCAAGAUUCGUGGCUUAUUUCCUGAUAGCUAUUGGUAUUGGAUUGGUGUUGGAGCAUUACUUGGAUACACUCUGCUAUUGAAUAUUCUCUUCACAUUAGCUCUGACUUACCUAAACCCCCUAGGGAGUCAGCAAGCUGUUGUUUCCAAAGAAGAUUCCAAAGACAAAAAGGGACAAGAGAGUGAAUCGUCCAUAAUUUCUCUCAGAGACUUUCUUCAACAUUCACACUCGUAUAGCGGAAAGAACGUUAACAAACAAAGAGGCAUGGUUCUUCCUUUUGAACCUCUUUCAAUGUGCUUUAGCGACAUCAGCUACUACAUAGAUGUUCCUCUGGAACUGAAGGGACAGGGCUUACCAGAAGAGAGGUUACGGCUACUGGUAAAUAUUACUGGAGCAUUCAGGCCAGGUGUACUUACAGCAUUAAUUGGAGUUAGUGGUGCUGGCAAAACUACACUCAUGGAUGUUUUAGCUGGUAGGAAAACUGGUGGAUAUAUCGAAGGCAGUAUCUAUAUUUCGGGAUAUCCCAAAAGGCAAGAAACAUUUGCAAGAAUUUCUGGAUAUUGUGAGCAGAACGAUGUUCAUUCCCCGUGUCUGACUGUGUAUGAAUCACUUCUCUUUUCUGCUUGUCUCCGGUUAUCGUCUCAGUGUGACAUCAGAACACAAAGGGCUUUUGUAGAUGAGAUCAUGGAACUGGUUGAACUAACUCCACUACAUGGAGCAUUAAUUGGUGUACCAGCAGUUAAUGGUUUGUCAGUUGAACAAAGGAAAAGGCUGACAAUUGCAGUUGAGCUUGUGGCCAAUCCUUCUAUUGUGUUCAUGGAUGAACCAACUUCAGGACUCGAUGCCAGGGCUGCUGCUGUUGUUAUGAGAACAGUAAGGAAUAUUGUUGACACUGGACGGACAAUUGUUUGCACUAUUCACCAGCCCAGCAUUGACAUUUUCGAAUCUUUUGAUGAGCUUUUACUCAUGAAACAAGGUGGACAGCUCAUUUAUGCUGGUCCAUUGGGAAACAGAUCUUCUAAACUCAUUCACUAUUUUGAGUCUAUUCAAGGAGUUCAAAAAAUCAGACCGGGAUAUAAUCCGGCCACCUGGAUUCUAGAAGUCACAUCAACAGCAGAAGAAGUUCGCCUUGGUUUGGAUUUCGCACAAAUUUAUCUCCAAUCAAAUUUAUUCCGGAAAAAUAAAGAUCUGGUCAAAAGGUUAAGCAAACCAGAUAAGGAUAAUGAUUUAAGCUUCCCAAGCAGAUACUCACUGUCAUUUUUUGGUCAAUUUCUGACGUGCCUUUGGAAACAAAACUUAUCCUACUGGCGAAACCCACAAUACACUGCUGUGCGCUUCUUCUACACUGUUAUAAUUUCACUGAUGUUUGGAACAAUAUGCUGGAAAUUUGGUUCCAAAAGGGAAAUUCAGCAGGAUAUAUAUAAUGCUAUGGGAUCCAUGUAUGCAGCUGUCUUAUUCAUUGGGAUCACAAAUGCUACUUCUGUGCAGCCGGUUGUUUACGUUGAAAGGUCUGUUUCGUAUAGAGAGAGAGCAGCAGGAAUGUAUUCCGCACUUCCGUUUGCCUUUGCACAGGUUAUAGUUGAGUUCCCAUAUGUAUUUGUGCAGUCACUUAUAUACAGCACUAUCUUCUACUUCAUGGCCUCUUUCGAGUGGAAUAAAUGGAAGUUUCUUUGGUACAUAUAUUUCAUGUAUUUCACAUUACUUUACUUCACCUUCUUUGGAAUGAUGACUACUUCUAUCACACCGAAUCACAAUAUUGCUGCAAUCCUCGCUGCGCCAUUCUAUAUGAUGUGGAACCUUUUCAGCGGCUUCAUGAUUUCCCGCAUGAGGAUUCCCACAUGGUGGAGAUGGUAUUACUGGGCAAAUCCUAUAGCUUGGAGUUUAUACGGGCUUCUCACAUCCCAGUACGGAGACAUAGACGAAUCAGUAAAACUUGCUGAUGGCGUUCACUCAGUGCCAGUAAAGCAAUUGCUCGAAGAUCAGUUCGGGUUUAGACAUGAUUUCUUGGGUAUUGCUGGUAUUGCUGUGGUUGGUUUCUGCAUAAUGUUUGCAGUCACUUUUGCAUUUGCAAUCAAAUUCUUAAACUUUCAGAGAAGGUGAAGGGAAAGGAUGAAAUUCACUUUCAAAUUUGGGUUAUGUAGAUGUAGGAUAUCCAGUAAGGUGGAGUUGAAGAUAUUGGUUCAUAAUCCUACCUCGUCUAGUAUUGAUGUCUUGUUCCAAUUUUGUUCAAAGGCAUAAAGAGAAGAAAAGGUUUCACUUUAAUGUUACUUUUUGGGAUAAUCAAUCAUUACAACAAUUGUUCUUACUAAUUUAAUCUUCAAGUGUUUGCUUAGAUUAACAUUCGAGAUGAGUUAUGAAUUGUAAUUGAAUGAAAGUGAUGGUUUUCCAGAA